AUGCAGAUUGUUGACCUUUCCAGCAGAUCACAGGCCGGAUCCACUGCGAGUCGAGUUAUCGUGAAAAAGGAACCUCCGUCCUCCCCGGCAAUGCAGUCUCAUACUAGACCUCGCCCUCGCAGAUUAGACCUUUCCAGUAGCCUUCCGACCUCGGGGGGCUUGUCCGCACGGCCUCCUGGCGGCCCUAUGACUGCGAGAGAGGGUGUCAAUAUGCAAGAGGUCGGGAUCGCUUGCCUGUCCCCGGGAUUUCAAACACAUGACCCUGUGAUGAGGGAGCAGCUGCAACGGAGCUUAUCGGUUCGGGAUCAGCAGCGCUCAAUAAUCGAAUCGCGUUUACAGAAGUCCGCCAAGGAUGACGGGCCCGAUGGAAUCAAGCCAUCUGAAUCAUUCGGCCUCCCCCGGGUCGGUGCCUCGAAGAGAAGACCCCCGCCUGGCCUCUCCAUCGUGCCUCCUUCCGCAGCCCAAUUUGCCAGUGAACGUGUCAUCCAAUCUGCGCCAUUGAAUCAGACCUUCACGGGCCGUAACGAAGCGCAGCCCUUAACCCGUCAUGUUGUUAACCAAAGCCCGACUUUGGGGUCCACAUCUCACAUCCAUCACCUCCCUGCUACGCAAACAACCAACCGCUUGCCCCCGCUCUCUGACGUCUUUGGAAAUGAGGCGUUGGGCCGCGAUCGCGAGGCAAACCGGGGACUAUAUUACCCCAGCGCGACAGCUGCAAACCCGCCUCAAUCGAACAAUCUUCCCCCAAUUCCCUCUCCUCGCAUCUCCCGGGAUGCCGCUCAACCACCCAAGCGUCCCAGGGAGUACCGUUCUGCCGAGGAAGCUGUCCAGGAACUGUCAGGUGGGCGCGAGGAGCUUCUGCCGCGCAUUGUACAUUACGGCGGCCACCAACCCCCGACUCCACCAUCUCCACGUGUGGCUAACGGACCACCAAAGUCUGGAGGUACUGCUCGGCGCCGCUCGAGAAACGAGUACGAACAUGAGCACGGCAGCCCGCCCUUGGGCCACGGCCCUGACCCACAUUAUCGCCCUAACCCAGCCUUGGCCUCUGAUGCAAGUGCCACCUAUGGCCCAUUUGGGGCUGGGAGAGACUCGCCCGAGACCCAGCGCAGAAAGAAGGAAGAAUUCCUUAGUCUCUGCGCACGUGCCUGGGACCUAUUCCAUUCUUAA